GGGCCUUACUUACCACUGACGCCUCUCUCUCCUCUGGCUGGUUCCAAUCCAUCGUGUCAGCACAUUGAUUAUUAUACUCUGGACUAUUCGGAACAUACCGACUUGCUGCUGCUGCCCCAUCUUUUAGUUGAACCGUACGGGGUACUCUGCCCCACGAGGUGUGCUCAUACGUGCCAAGUCGCUCGCUGCUACCGCAUGCCGAAUCAAUUGAUUCGAAUUGAACGUAUCUACCUGUCGCGAUUCGUUGAUUCCAUUCGUAGCGUUGAUUCUUCUAAACUGUUACCAACGGACUUAGAGAUAGUCCCGGAGAUAGGAGUCUGGAGGUAG